AUGUCAUCACUUUGUUCUUCAUUUGCUAUAAUUUGGUCAACUCUUUGCGAGACCAACCCAGUGGAUGCACCAGUAGUCUUAUGGCUUCAGGGAGGACCGGGUGGUAGUUCACUGUUUGCACUAUUUGCCGAAAACGGACGAUUUCGUGUCGAUGCCACGGGAAAGACACUUAAACUUAACCCUAACAGUUGGAAUCGUGUGGUCGAUAACAUACGCCAGUUGAUCAAUAAGUAUGACCUACAACGGAUGACAGUAUAUAACGGCGAUUUUGAUAUGGUCUGCGAUUUUAUUGAUGACCAGCGAUUUGUUGACAAACUAGGCUUUCAACGAAAUGGCAACUAUAAGUAUUGGACAGUUGACGGAAAACCGGACGGUAUUAUUGGCGGUUAUGUGGAACGCUAUGAAAAGGUUGCCGUCAAUAACAAAAACAACAACAAUGAGGACGAGAUAAUAGCCCUCCCGGGGCUUAAAUACAAAAUCAAUUUCAAACAAUACUCGGGUUAUUUGAAUAUACCGGAUGGUAAACACUUAUUUUACUGGUUUGUCGAGAGCCAGACCAACCCGGCGACUGCACCGGUAGUCCUAUGGCUUCAGGGAGGACCGUGUAGUAGUGCACUGUUCGGACUGUUGGCCGAAAACGGACCGUUUCAUGUCGAUGCCGACGGCAAGUCAUUGCAUCUGAACCCUUACAGUUGGAAUAGUGUGGCCAAUAUGCUGUACAUUGAGGCACCGGUAGAUGCGGGCUUUAGCUAUAAGGAUGAUAAAAAAUAUUUGAAUAACGACACCACAGUUGCCACUGAUAAUAGACUGGCUUUAGUUGAGUUUUUCAAAAAAUAUCCAAACCUUCAAAAAAAUCCGUUUUAUAUAAAGUUAUGGCGGGGUUUACGUACCAAUGUGUUAGCAUUUGUAACGGUAGACUAUCGGGUUGGGAUUUUUUUGGGAAAUCAAUCGAUGUAUGACAUGCUUGUCGGUAGCGGACAGUUGUCUAUCGAAUCGUACGAACGCAAGAUAGAGGCCUGUUGUCAGUGCGCUGCUGACGGCCAUACCGUACGCGAGUGUGACUUCUCUAAGCCAGUAAACGCCACUAAAUGUAACCAAGCACAGUUAGAACUGGGUAGUGUACCAAAUGCCUAUAACAUAUACGAUGAUUGUGGCGGACUUGACGAUGACUACCUGUCCGCAAUGUUUGACCGGUACUAUCGUUCCCGUUUCGAGGCACUGGGCAUAGUCACAAUGCAAGCUCAUCAACAACAACACAUUGUUGCUAACAAACUUAAUUGUCCUAAAAAUGGUUAUACCGAUUAUCUGAAUACACCGGCCGGGCUAACACCACAACACGAUAACAUACGCGACCUGAUCGAGAAGUAUGGCCUCAAACGGGUAACAGUAUAUAACGGCAAUUUUGAUUUGAUCUGCGAUUUUAUUGAUGAUCAACGAUUUGUUGAAGCACUCGGCUAUCAGAACGGUGUGAUCGGUGGUUACAUUGAACGCUACGAAAAGGGAUUGCAGUUUGUUUUGGUCAGAGGUGCCGGACAUAUGGUUCCCAAAGAUAAACCCGAGGCUGCCUUUCAAGUGUUUAAGGAUUUAAUAGGAAUUGAAAAAUUGUAA